AUGAACCAUUUCUCCCAUCUCUUGGAAGCAUUCCGUGAGAAGCUCCAGAGCUAUGCAUCACGGUACAAGAAUGAGAUACGCAAGGACCCCCAGUUCCGGCGGCAGUUCCAAGAAAUGUGUUCCAGUAUUGGUGUGGACCCUUUGGCAUCAAGCAAAGUUUGCAUGGCAACAAGUCAUCGUAAUGGAGGCUUAAUCUCUUUGGAGGAGCUGCGGGAGCGGGUCCUGGUCUCAAGAGGGGGGAAGAAGCAGUACCAUGAUGACCUGAUGCGAGCAAUUAAAAAGCUGCGUGUCCUUGGCACUGGAUUCACACUCAUCCCUUCAGGAAAUCGCUAUCUUGUUCAAUCUGUGCCCAUGGAACUCAGCAUGGACCAUACACAGGUGCUGAAUGUAGCAGAAGGAAGCACCUUGGGUUGUGUGACAAGGGAGGACCUGGAGAAGGGAUUGGGUUGGACCAGGGAGAGGGCAGAGCGUGCCCUCAGGGACAUGGUGCGAGAAGGCAUGGCCUGGGUCGACGAGCACGAUCUCCGGCUCCCUUCGUAUUGGUUCCCCGCCUUGUUCCCACAAGCCAUGCACUCCAACUGACAUUUGUCUGUGAACGUUUUUGUCUGCUCUUAAUGGCUUCUGCUUGAUUCCAUUGUCUUGGCACUGAUCUAUUCUGAUCCCUUGACUCAUGUGAGGAUGGGAAAUAGAAAGAGAGUUUUCAAUCAAAUAUGUGCCAAUUUGUUUUAAAUUGAAGUGUUCUACCAAGGAACAAACAGCAUGAAAUCAGGCAUAUAUUGUGUGAAAAUGGACUCUGAUCAAAUUAUGCAUCAGCUUCAACAGGUUCUCUCUAAGUUUGACUGAGACAAGCCAGAUUACCUCGUUUUCCCCAUGAGGUGCUCUUAAUGAGACAAAGCAUGUUCCCACCAGGGAAAAAGCUCAUGAACCUUGUGAUCUUUGUUUUGCUAUGUGGAAAG